AUGUCUUCCCAUGUCGUCGUGAUAGACUCGUCUGCUCGUCGGGCAGUGGUCAAAGUCACUCCAGGAAAAUUCCUGACUGAUGUAUUACAUGAGGCCUGCACGAAGUUCGGCGUGGAUUCGAACCAGUACACACUCAAAAACAAUAAUAAAACAUUAGAUUUAUCUCGCACAUUCCGCCUGUCCGGCCUCACAUCAGGUUCAAAACUGGAGCUCGUCCUAGGCUCUAAGUCGCCGUCGGUCGUUUCGGUCGCCUUGCAAUUACCAGAAAGCGAAGCCAAAGAUAUACCCAAUGGACGCCUUACAGACAAGUUCCCUAGCUCGACAACAAUGUGGCUUAUCCUCCGCAAAUUCGAGUCCGCCGUAGCUGGCGGAGCUCAAGUCACGAAGAAUUUUACCGCUCGUGGUAUUGCGCAGACAUCUACUGGUGGUAGUGGGGCCGGAAGAGUCUACUACGAUAGACCAAUCCUAAAUGUAAUGGGACGGGAACUUUCUUCAUUCACUGACCUUCAAAAAACACUGGCACAACUCGGAAUCAAUAGCGGCAGCGCAUUAAUAAGGCUGACCUUUAAAUCGAGCGAUACUCCUCUAGACGAGGCUAUGGUUGAUAUUGAACAGUACUUCAAGAGUAUAGAGGCAGAGGACAACCCGCAAAAGGUGGAUUCGCGCGGUGCUCAUGCCAGCGGCGCCGCUCAGUCUCAAUCAACACCAGAAACCAAUGAGAACCCUGGAAUCUCAGAAGCAAUAGCGGGCGUUGAUUCAUCUGCUGAGACAGCGGGCAUGGAGGACAUAAUAAUGCCUGACGUUGACAGUGCUCCGGACAACAUCAGCGGCGAGAAACGAAAGGCGGACGAAGUCGUUGAAGAUGGUCUUCAAAGAGGGACGCCUGAGGCACCCCAAUCAUCAGAAGCCAGCAUUUCGCAAAAUACUAUUGUCGGGCCAGACCACAGGCCGAUAUCUGUGUUUGCUGCACCAACUAGCACCAGUCCUCAAGCAUCCCACCUUCUCUACAAUGAAGGAGACUACGAGCCAACUGUUGACCACGCAAAGUUGCAUCAGGCUCGGCUCGCGAAUGAGGCGAAGAACCGGCGUCUGCUCUCUGAAGCUGAGCUUGCCGCGGCUCGACAAGCUGCCCAGCAGAAGCUAGAUGACACCGCUGAAGUCGAGCUGAAAUUGAGAUAUCCGGACCAGACGCAGAUCGUCAGUAAAUUUACCUCUAUGGAUACCACUUCUACUCUCUAUUCGUUUGUUGCCGGCACACUCGAUCAGGAGGAUCAGCCUUUUGCCCUCACAUAUUCAUUGCCACGGGGGCCCAAGGCCAUUCCCAAGGAAAGCAACCAACGACUGAUCCGCGACUUGGGUCUUACUGGCCGAGUUCUUGUCAAUUUCGUCUGGGAUGAAAACGCUAGCAGCGAGGCCAGGACACGUCCGGCCCUCAAAGAACAAUUUCGCCAACAAGCAAAGGAUAUCAAAGUGGAAGAGCCAAAGUUGUUGCCUGACGACGACGCCGAAGAAGAACGCCGGCAAAGAGCAUCUAAUGCUGCUCAAAGCAGAGCAGCGGCGAAUAAGGGCACGGGUGAAAGGAAGACCCUACCAAAAUGGUUGAAGUUGCCGGGAAAGAAAUAA